AUGUCACAAGGUUGGCUUCGCUUCGGACAGAGUCCUCCUGAUAAUGCGGCCAUUCUCAAAGCAUUCAUCGAUAUUGUCCUUGCUGUUGAAUCAUGGAACGUCGGAAUGCGAAGCCACGUAUCAUUACUUUGUAUGGUAUCCCCUCGGACCUCUGCUUCCAUUGGCAAGUUGCCACCAUCUAGCGCCUUCACCUACAUGUUGCCUUUCUCGGCUUCCUUCGCGCCCCUUUCCAGCAUGACAACCCCCAGAGUUGACUUGCCAGGACAGAAUGGAAUCAGACACCAGCUUGUUGGUCCACUGAAAAUCCGUAUUCGCAGCAAAAGGCAGCUCUAA